AUGAACCUACUGGCUCUUCCCAGCGAGUUGCUCUUGUACAUCGCCGCGAGCCUACCCCGCGCGAAAGACAUCUUGUCGUUCGUCCUGGUCAGCCGGACUACGUCUGCCCUAUUGCUUUCGUCUCUCUACAAAUUCAAUAUUCAGCGUCAAAACAGCUCGGCAUUGCACUGGGCCGCACGGUAUGGUAAACUACAUGUCGCGGAGGUGAUGCUCCACCACCACCGGCACCACCGGCCUGAUGUCAACGCUGUCUAUCAUACCUAUACGCCUCUUGUGUACGCGGCAAUCCACGGAUCAGAGUCGAUUGUUAAGAUCCUUCUCACCAUGCCUCAGAUCUCAGUCAACUUCCAAAACGAACAAGGGCGAUGCGCCUUGUGGUGCGCAGCACUGCAGGGAUUCACAAAAAUCGUUAAGGACCUGUUGCAGCAUCCCGACAUCCAAGUAGACCUCCCUGAGAGAGAAUAUGGCCUCACCCCACUGGCCGCAGCCGUGGUGAAGGGGCAUGCACCCAUCGUCGAGCGGCUUAUCCACAUUGGCCGAGCAAAUGUCAACGCACCAGACCGAUGGCGCCGCACACCGAUUUUCCACGCCAUCCGCCGCCAGGAUUCGGCCAUCCUCGAAGUCUUACUUGCCGAUGACAGACUCGACCUGUCCUGGCGGGAUGGCCUUGGCCGCACACCCCUCAUCUACAGCGUGUUGAAGGGUCAGACAGUCCUGACCAAGAUGCUCUUGGGCCACCCACAGCCCUGUGUGGACAUUCGAGAUCCAGACAAUCGGACGGCACUGUGGCACGCCGUGCACCAAGGCGACGAAGAGCUCGUCCAAUUGCUCCUCGACAGCGGCUCGGAUAUCAACGCCAGGGAUAUAGAGGGCGCGACCCCGCUCCACUUAUCAAUUAGGCAGGAAAACAUGUCCCUGGUGCAGAAGAUGUUGAGCCAUUUACGUCGCGAUCAUUCGACAGCAACGCCCGGCGUGAACCAUGGCGUCAGCAGCGAGCCACCGCCAUUGUGCCUGGCCACGAGUCAGGGGAGUGAGGAUAUCGUGCGGCUGUUGCUCGACCAUGACUGGAACGUGAACGAAGUGGAUGCAGAAGGCCGAACACCAUUGCACUUGGCGGCCGAGAAUGGCGAUCGGCCAGUCGUUCGAGCUCUUUUGAAUCACACAGAUGUCGAUUUGCACGCCCGGGACCAGUGGGAAUCCACGGCCUUGCACGAAGCCGCCAAGCGAGGGCACUUGGCUGUAGUCAAGCUACUUCUGGCCGAGCCGAGCAUCGACGUCAACGCCAAGGACAGAAAUGGCGCGACUCCGCUCUGGUGGGCCACUCGGCGCAACCACAACAGUGUGGCCGCGCGGCUGCUGGCCAAACCGAAUGUGGACAUCAACGCCGUUGGCCAGUUCGAAAGACCCCUCGCGGAUCGAUCCACGUCCCUUCAUCAUGCUGUCGAAGGGCGAGCAACUUUAGUCAUCCGGCUGCUUUUGCUGGAGAAGAGCCUCGAUCCCAAUAUCCUCGACCAUCAGGGCCGGACUCCGCUGGGCUGGGCAGCCUGCCAGGGCGAUGUCGAGACGGUGGGAUGGCUGCUCACCCGGCGGGAUAUCCAAGUGAAUGCAGCCAAUCAAAACGAACAACCACCGCUGUGGUUAGCUGCGUGGCACGGCCAUAUCCAAGUCGUUCGACUCCUGCUACAGUGCCGAGAUAUUGACAUUAACCAAGGUUGGGGAGGGUAUGUGCCACCACUUCUGGCAGCCAUCAUUGCAGGCCACCCGGAUGUGGCAAUGACACUACUUGCGUGCGGGGAGCGACUGGAAAUCAACGCGCAAACCUACCAAAGGGAAUGUGCACUGUCUCUGGCGGCCCGCUACGGGCACCUGCAGGUGGUCGACACCAUCCUGCAAGACCAUCGGGCAGACCGCAAUAGCGUUGACGACGAAGGGCGCACCGCUCUGUGGUGGGCGGCUCAUGAAGGGCACAUAAUUGUUGUGAUACGGUUGCUCGAAGAUGUUGAUGUUCGAGUAGAUAUCAAGGAUCACCAGGGGGCGGAUGCUCUUAAGGCCGCGCGGAGGCAAGAUCAUUUUGGUGUCAUAGAUCUCCUACGGGCUCACCAAGUGGGUCAUCGCCGCGACGACAAUCUCCAAAAAUGA